UGCCUCCCUUCCUCCCUACGCAUCGUCCCACACACACAAUGCAGGCAAUGGAGAACCCGCACGAGAUCGAGCAGGCGAUCCUGCUCGAGCGCAUCAUCGGCAAUGUAGUCAAGUGCAACGAGGCCGUUGCCGAGAUGAACCUCUGCAUCAAGGACUUUAUCGAUUCGUCCACGUCGGUGCUGAUCGCCGCCAAACUCGUCGACAACUACAACGACAAUGCGGCAUACUACCUCGGCAAGGUCGACAAGCUGCCCGAACCGGUGUAGUCCGCCAGCGAAUGGCAUUGCCGCGAAUGGCGCGCGCUGCGUCGUCGCGCCCGAGACCGCCCGGCGGUGGUGGUGGUCUGAUGUUCGCGGCGCCGGCCGGACGACGGCCAACUGCUCUGUCGCCAUCGGCCCCAUCCCCCACGACGCCACCUGAUCCACAACACUGGGCUACGAGCCACGUCCUUCCCAGACCACACCGCUCUCCAAGCUACCACUUCACCUUGUCACAACCACAACACACAACCUCUACUUGUAUGCAUGUACCCUUGAAAGCUACCAACCCGCCAUGCGGCGCCACAUGAA